CGUACCCCUGCCACCAUGUCUGAUGAUGAAGAGUAUUCCUCGGAGGAGGAGGUCGUCGAGGAAACCAGAGAAGAACAGGGAGACGAUCCCGAGUUCAUUAAGCGCCAGGACCAGAAGCGCUCAGACUUGGACGAACAGCUGAAGGAGUACAUUAACGAGUGGCGCAAACAGCGAGCCAAGGAAGAAGAUGAACUCAAGAAGCUCAAGGACAAACAGGCCAAGCGUAAGGUCUCCCGAGCUGAAGAGGAGCAGCGUAUGGCUCAACGCAAGAAGGAAGAGGAGGAGCGCCGCGUCCGCGAGAUCGAGGAGAAGAAGCAGCGCGAGAUCGACGAGAAGAGAAAGCGUCUGGAAGAGGCCGAGAAGAAGCGUCAAGCUAUGCUCCAGGCCAUGAAAGACAAAGAUAAGAAGGGACCCAACUUUACCAUUACCAAGAAGGAUAGCUCCGUAAGUUUCGGCAUGUCCAACGCCCAAAUGGAACGCAACAAGACUAAGGAACAGCUGGAGGAGGAAAAGAAAAUCUCACUGUCCUUCCGUAUCAAGCCCCUGGAGAUCGAUGGUCUCAGCGCGGAUACGCUGCGCGCCCGUGCCACCGAACUGUGGGAAACCAUCGUCAAGCUGGAAACAGAGAAGUACGAUCUGGAGGAAAGGCAAAAGCGUCAGGAUUACGACUUGAAAGAGUUGAAAGAAAGACAGAAGCAGCAGCUGAGACACAAGGCCUUGAAGAAGGGUCUAGAUCCGGAAGCCCUCACCGGCAAAUACCCGCCCAAGAUCCAAGUCGCCUCCAAAUACGAACGUCGUGUCGAUACCCGCUCCUACGAUGACAAGAAGAAGCUGUUCGAAGGUGGCUUUGACACGUUGAACAAAGAGAGCCUCGAGAAGCAAUGGGCUGAGAGGAAGGAACAGUUCGGAGGCCGCCAGAAAUCCAAACUUCCGAAGUGGUUCGGCGAGCGACCGGGCAAGAAGUCUGGCGAACCCGAAACCCCCGAGGGCGAGGAUGAGGUCAAGCCCGAGGAUGAGGAGGUCGAGGAAGUCGAGGAGGAAGUCGUUGAGGAGGUGGUAAGUAACGCGAAUGGAGUUGAGGAGGAAGAGGAAGAGGAAGAGGAGGAAGAGGAGGAGGAAGAGGAAGAGGAGGAGGAAGAGGAAGAAGAGGAAGAGGAAGAAUAAAUGCAAACACGGCGACGAUGACGACGGCGACGACACCGAUGAAGGAUGGCAUGUAGGGCACAAAGAUCGAUUUGGCGGUGACGGACAUUCGGUGCACCGGUGCAGACGACCUCACUGUUGGUGCUGUGCGUGCUGCUACAUCCAGCAACCAACAGCGCCAACUGCUCCUGCUUACUGGCAACAACCGGACACAUCUCGUCCCCAUCAUACCCGCACAGUUGUCCUUGCAGGUCACCUUUAUCGAAAAGCAUUCAUUUCUAUCUUUCUCUUUUUUGUAAUAAACUACUUUCUACUACCAUUUCCAAAAAAAACAACAACAAAAACAACAAGAAGCAAAACUUACUUUCCUCCAAUCGAGUAACGGAAUCAGUCGGUGGGUAGUGCUUACACGAUCACGCUGCACUAUACAAGUUGCACUUAAUCGCGCGGAAGUUGGGUAUAGGGACACUGCCCUGUUCAGUUCCACCGAACGGUGCGAUGAAGAAAAUGAAGAACACAUAGCAAACAAACACUGACCCGGCGGUUUUACUUUUAAAACGGAAACGUGUGUAGGUACGGAAAGAAAUGCGUGGCACGUAGCACAACAACGGGCGUGUAAACAUCAGCGAACUAGCAAAUAGCAGUACUCAACGUAUUUUAACAUAAGCAUGCAUUAAACAAAUGGAAGAACAAAAGCUGCAAGGUGGAAGAACGAAGAACGAACGGGGUGACAAAAACAAACAAAAAACAUCACAAAACUGCAGCGUGAAGAGAACGAGCAAACAAGAAGAUCAAGCAGAGGUUAGAACAAGAUCGGAGAGAAGAAAUACAUUAAGGAAGAGAAUAACAGCUUGUGCUCCGGAACAUCGAGCCCAAUAUUGGAUAUAUCUCAGUUUAACAUCUGUCAAUGAAGGUUUACUAUUUUAAUUGAUUAUUUAAUUAUUUAAAGGAAGAACGCUCUUUAUAAAAAAAUAAAUUAUUUAUUACAAACUACACAAAACCGGAA